UUUGGUUGAUCAAUGACGCAAUUGUUCCUUCCUCGUGCCUAACACUUCUACGAAGCCAUUUUGUAACUGAACCGGCUAUCUCGUGGUGAGGAUUUAAUAAACGAAAGAAAUAAAAUGAACGGUAUUAUAAGGAAUACGCUGCGGUCAGCGAUAGUUAGGAAUUUUAUUUCAUCAUCCUCCAGAACAGGAGUCGCGAAAAAUCAACUGAGGUCAUUAUGGAGAGUGUGUUCACGGCAAACUGAACUAACCACUUUCGGUGUAACGAAAACGAAGCACCAACAUUUCCUCUGCAAUUGUAACAGUUGUAGAGGCAGUCAUACAAAAGCUGAAAAGGAACUGGUAGAAUUCUUAGCAGAAGAAAUAGUAGCAGAAAAGAAAGCACAGAAGUUGAAAACUAUUCCCACCGAACUACAUGGCUUCAAAGUAUCCCUUGAUGGAGCUGAUGUUAAUUUAGAGAAAAAAGAAGGCAAUGAAAUAAUUAAAAUAUCUUUCAACAUAAAUCAUACUGUGGAUACCGACCCUGACGAACAACUUGACAUAAACAGAACUGCUAUUGAUGAUUCAGCAAAUAUUGGUGAAAUGAAAAGUAAACCAAAUUUCACUGUAGAUAUACUAAGAGGAAACCAGACACUUGGAUUCACCUGUUCAUACAACAAUGAACCUGGUGCAUCUGGUGCUAGUGACAAUUACAAUGAUAUCUUUGGCAUAGACGAAAUCACUUUGUACGAAGGUGAGCAUAACGACAAAAUAUAUGCAGUAGCUGGUGAAAUUAUUGAUGGGUAUCUGUAUGAUUUGCUGAUGAACUACUUAGAAGAGAAGGGUGUUUCAAACGAAUUCGCAGAGAAAUUAAUUGAACUUAGUACAAAUUAUGAACACACAGCAUAUGUUAGUUUGCUAGAAGGUCUUUCUAAGUUUACUUCAGGAAAGUAAAUUCUCAGUCACAAAAUUUCCAUUAUAUUUUUAACUGUUUAAAAAUAGUACAUAGUUGUUUAAGACUCUCUUCGUAAUAAUCAUAUAUGAUAAUUUCAUGUACUUGUUCCAUUGCAUUAAAUAAUUUCAGCCCUUAAAUAAACAUAAUUCAACAGAUUCUUUAUCCUCAUUGCGUAAAUCGAAUCAUACUAAUUAAAAUAAUCAAUGUAAAUUAUCAUUACAAUAGCUUCCAAUAACUGAUAGUGCAGCUGUUAUCAAUCAUAUCAUACAACGUAUAAAAAUCUAGUCCAAGUUCCAAAGAGCAAGUUCCAAAUGGGAAGAGGCAAACUGUACUAUGGAUGUUUUCAAAACUAACAAACAAUUGUACAGUUGUAGAUCAGAAAUAUUAACUACUUGUCAGAAUUUAUUGCAUGUAGAUAUACCUAUAAAAAAUAAUAAAUUUACAUCAUUUAAUAAACAGCAAUUAAAUUAUGUUGAAAGAGGCUACUAUUUUGCCCUGGAUUGUAGGUGUGCCCAACUAACCAAUCAAAUUCCAUAUUUUUUAGACCAAGCAUGCUAAAUCAGUGCUCGUAGGCACUCUAAUGUCACUCCCCUCACAAGAUGUUACCCUCUCCAUACCAACUUUUAUCUGUGUGAUUGAACGCUACAUAGAAUUAU